AUGAUGUUGCCACCUGCGCACACGCUCAGCACGCGGGCGCCGAGUGAGCUGCCAGCUUUCAGGAGAGAGACUCCCAGGCUCAGCAAAGAUUUCGACAAGCGAACACUCGGCCGCGAGUCCCCGGCGGACGGGGCGCUGCCGUGCUUCGCACGACCUGGCACCCAGGGCACUGCAAAGCCACAGGCAUGGUUGCAAGCCAAGGCCCGCCAGCCAGCGGAGGAUGAUUGGACUGCUCUGAAGAGUGAGGCUUUGGUGGGGCGUGCGAAAACCGUCAGUGCGGGUGAAGAAGCGCAGGCGCCAGCAGAGCAAAGCCCAAGUAGCGAAAGCGGAGAAGUGGAUCGCUUAAGGCUCCACUGCGAGGAGCUUCUGAGGCUGAAUGCCGAGCUUCGGCAACGACAGCUCGAGGUGGCUACGGGCGCUUUCGCUGGGAAGUUUGACAAUCUCUUGCGCGAGUUUGGCCAUCUGAGAAGUUUCCACCAGACGCUGCGCAGUCUGGAAUAUGAAACUGCCCAGGUGCGGAAGGACCUGAAGGAAUUGACGUCUGCAGUCUCGCCGGUGUCCGAAAUGUCCAGCCUCAUGGACGUGGCGGUGGGGAAGGUGAGAAGCAGUCUGCAGCAGGAUGUGCGCGACAUCGUGUCUGCCGAAGUGGCCACGCUGCGGGAGCAGCUGACUCGCCUGCAUGAGAACUCUACGACCAUGGUCUCUUUGACCUUGCAGAAUAGGAAGGAUUUUGCGGACCACCGAAUUGGCCUGAGCAGCGAGAAGCUGGACGAGCUAAUCGAGCUCGGUGAAGCGACACGCAAUGCCGUCCAGCGACACUUCGAUGAUCUUCAGGCGGAGAUCCAAGCUGACAGGAACCUCAUCGAGUACCACUCGAAGCAGAUUGGAGCCAACAUGAGAAGCAUAGAGGAGAACAAGGGCCGGAUCAUGUCCAAUCAGCUGCUGAUUCGCGACGAGCAGGACCGCGCCCGGGAAGAGGCCAAAAAUGCGGUCGCCCGCGUGCAGAGUUUGCAAGAGCUGCUGCGGCAGGAGCACAACCAGGCAGAGCGAGCCAAGCUCGAGCGUCAGCUCAGUGAGAGCCAGAAGUACAAGUACGAGAUGGAGUCUGAGCUUACAAGGCUUCAAGAUGAGAUGACAGCAGGGCUUCAGGAGGACAUCGAUGACUUGAACAGAAAGUUUGAUGACGUUGGCGAGGCUGUUGAAAAGAUCCUCGCUCGCAUGGAGAUGCCAGAACAGCCGACGCUUCUGCAGCAGCUGCACAAGGUCAGCGAAAUCCAGAGAAGAGGCAAUCUUGACAUCAACCUCAACAACGGAGACGUCGUGCUCCUGCGGCCAAUCCACUUCAAGCGGAAGAACAUGAAUGACCCGCCCACUGCAGAGUUCGAAAACGAGAAGGAAGCCUUGGAAAUCUUGACUGAUCUCUGCGAGCUUUGGCAGAUGUUCAAGGUCUCCAUCGUUAUCGAAGGGCACACCAAAGACAUCGGUGUCGGGACAGACGAGUUCUGGCAGAGCGUGGCCAAUAGCCGGGCUGCACUCUGCGCUGCGACCAUGGGUGUCAUGGGCGUGGACCUGUCGCAGGUUGCAGCUGUGGGCAAGCCUGGCAAGACAGGUCUGAACAAAGCCGCCUUGGUGAUCUCUUUCGACCUCUUCCCGGACUUGGACUGA